AUGGAACCUUUAUAUAAUAAUAGUAAUACUAAUACUAAUAAUAAUAACAACAACGACAACGAAAACAGCAACAAUAAUAACAAAUUUCCUUCUUCUCUACACUCUCUUACUUCCCCACGUUCUCUUACUUCCCCACAUUCUUUUACUACUUCACAUUCCCUUUCUUCUCCACAUUCUCCUUCUCCUUCUUCUUCAUUUAACGUUCAACCACCACUAGAAAAACCUCUAAAACGACAACCACCACGACAUAAUAUAAUAAAUGUCAAACAACAAAGGCCACAAAUAGAACAACAAGCUAUUUUUAAUAUUACACAACGACACACUCCGCUUAAAAUUAAUUAUUACGAAAUUGAAAAAGAUAGGUCAAAAACGAAUGAUAGUGUUACCAAAAAAAAAAAACAAAAUUUCCAAAACAAAAAUAUUUCUUCUUCUUUUCCUUUACAACCUUCACUUCAAAAUUCCUUACAACUUUCUUCUGGUCAAGAAAAUAAAACCUUCCUUCAAACACCAAAUAACAAUAAGAUCAUAUUUGAAAAUAUUAAUACUUCUCAACAGCGAGAAGAAAAAGUUGUAUUUGUAAAAGAAGUAAAAUCUGAAAUAAUAAUAGAUUCAAAUAUUACUCCACCCAUUAUUAAACACCCUAUUAACUCAUCUUUUGACAUGUCUUCUGGAAUGUCUACUAUCACCACAACUAAAUCUAGCAAUAACCAUAAUAAUAAUGGUGGGUCGGGUAGAACUGGGAUUUUAAGUCAAAAAGAGGAUAAAUAUCCAAUCUCUAGCACUCCUUAUUUUCCAACUAAAAACAGUACUUUGGCUGAUUUAUCAGCACAUAAGAGGUCAAAAUUUUAUCCUUUAUCAAAACCAGGCGGGAUUGAAAAAUGGCCCACACCUUCUAUAGAUACAACUCGGCCUGAACGUGCUGGAAGAAUGGUUAUGGAGGGUUGGCCCUCUUCUCCUCGUAGUAGAAUGAAGUUAGCAAGUCCACGCUUUAAGUCAUUAAAUGAUUUAGAAGAAGGACCGGAAGGAAAUGAUCAGCCUGGCCAAAAAUCUUACAAUCAGAAUGCAUCUUUAAAUAGUUAUUGUAGUUCUUCUCUAGCCAGUUCUACUAAUAAUAACAUUAGUGACAAUAGUGGUGAUAACAAAUUAUUUUUAACUUCAAAAGAACCUAAUUUAGAUACAAUGGGCAACAUUUCUUCAUUAAAAUUACCUGAUGAAUUUUUUAAUUCAGGAGGUUUUAGUGGUAGUAGAAGGACUUUGGGUAUCAGUCUUAAUAGUCCAAAGAGACCUUUUUAUCAUGAUAAUAAUAGUGGUAGCAGUAUAUCAUCAAUAGACGGAAAAGAUAGUGAAGAUGAACAUCAACAACAAAAGCAAAAACCAAAAAAUGAAAAAAGAUUAUCAGAAAUGCAGCCUUCCACGAAUGAGCCUAUGACAAAUAAUCGUAGCGGUAUGAUUGGAAGAGAACAUUAUAAAAAUUCUUCAAGAUUAACAACACGUUUAUUUUCCUCAAUACAAUCAAGAAGAACUGUCCCGCAAAUGUUAACUGUGCAAACUCCCUUGUCAAAAAAUGUAAAAAUCACCACAGACUCAUCGCCGUCAUUUCCAAUGGCCAAAACUCCAUCAUCAGAACUUUCAUCUACAUCUACUCCUUCCACUCCUUUAACAACCAUCCAAACUCCAUUAAACUCUGCUACUACCCCAACAGCUUGGAAAUGGCCAAAAAGACCUUUUAGCCCUGCCAGAGAAAAACAAAAAGAAGAAUUAAUCAAACCUGGUGAUAAUCCUGCUGAGCAUAUAGGCAAAGUAGGUAAUUUAUGGGCAAAGAAAACUUUGGGUCAAUUGAGAAAAUAUCAUCAACGUCAUAGUCCAAGUAUAUUAUCAAGUAAAAGUUUUGGUUCAUCAAAAAAUUCAUUGGAAACUAUCAACGAGGAAGAUGAAGAUGAAGAUAUUGGUAUUUGGUCAAGUGAAGAAGUUGAUUUGACUGCCGAAUCCUCAGACGAUAAAAAACUCAACUCGCCAUCAUCUUCCACAAAUACAACCCCUACCACCACACCAUCUAUCGCAAGUUUAUUAAAUCCAAAUAAAUUAAUAGAGGAAAUUGUAGAUGAUCAACCACGUGGUAUCAAGGUAUCACCUGAACGUUUGACAAUCAAUAAAGAUAUUAUUAGUCCAAUUACUUCAACAACUUCACGUCCCAGUAACCUUGGUGGUAGUAGCACUAGUUCACUAUCAAAAAAUACUACAAAACCUUUAUUCGAAACUACCUUUACUAUCUCAAAUAUCACCGACGAACCUUUACGUUACGAGAUUCUUUGGCCCGCAUUUAGAUUUGAUAUCACCCCUGCUUAUGGGAUCGUUAAACCUCAAUCUGUUAUAUUAGUAAAAGUUUCUGUUCUUACGAAACAUUUGAUCGCUAGCUCUAAACGGGAGGACAUAAAAGAUUCAAAGAAAUUCAUGGGAAUUCUUAAAUCUUCAGAAAACACUACAACUACAACUACUAAUAAUGUUGGCAGUAAAUCUAGAAACGUUAAAAAUAACAAUAAUGGCAGUGUCGAUAUUAAAACUUUAAUGAGCACAACUAGAAUUUUAGUAUUUUGUGAAAAUGGCGAACGUAAAGAAGUUUUGAGCACCAAUGAUCUUAGUGACAGUAGCGAUAAUAACAACAGUUUUAUCAAAAGAUUCAGUAGUAAAGGUAUUUCAAGAACUGUUGAUGAUCUUAUGAAAGCUGCCAAAGUUGCUCCAGCACUUAGAAAAACCGGUUCAAAAAGUCGUCCUAGCAGCCCUGAAGGAACCAGUGGUGGUUACGGCAGUGGUUACGGCAGUAGUGGUGGUGGCAGUGAUAGUUACAGGUCAUCUAUGACUGCACUUGAGCGUAAGAGCAGCACAUCACCUUCGUCAUUUGGUAGUGGUGCUGGCAGCAGAUCACGAACACCCGAUGAUUCAAAACCUGUCAAACAAUUACCACAGCGUAAAAAUUUCAUUUACAUAGGAGUACCUGGUAAUGUCAAUUGUCCAACAACGACAGUCCGUGAGACAAAUAGUGGAAUAUUUCGUAUACAUAAUCAAACAAACAAACCGGUAACCUGGCAUUUAACAACCGCGACAAAUCCAUUUUUGCGUAAAUCAGAUUCUGCUGGCUCAUCUCAAAAGAUAAAUGACGAAGUGUUCUUGAUAAUGAAGACAAGUGGAUUUUUAAGACCAGGAUCAUCUGAACGUGUGCCCGUAAGUUUUCGUCCUUUGUUGGCCGGUACCUAUUACCAAAGCUUUAUGCUUGAAGAUUCAAUGAAUUCAGAGGCAACCGGAGGUUUAGGUGGCGUGAGUGUAAGAGUACAAGGCGAAGGAAAAUUUGAUGUUACCAGUAAUGCUGUUCCACCUAUAAGACGAACCAGGUCAAUGAUGGAUUUUGAAGUUGCUACAAAAGAAGUUAGAAUCGCUGCAACUAGGGUUGGUAAAAAGAGAUCAGUUGGAAUCAAAAUAAGUAACCCUUCUAAUCAACUAAUAAGAGUUAAAUGCAAAUGUGAAUUAGUGAAUAAUAGUAGCGAUAACGACAAUAUAAGUGAUAAUGUUGCUAAUUUAAAAUUGACAAUACCUAUCCCAAAUGUCCAAAUCAAACCUCACACAUUCAUGGUAUUACCUGUUCGUUUUCAACCUAAAAAAUCAGGUGAAAUAAGAGGUGUGGUUACAUUACAAGCAGUUGGUAGAAGCGAAGUAAAAGUUGAUAUCAUAGCAGAAGGAAUCCUAGAGACUUUAUCAUGA